AUGUUUUCACGACCAGCAGCGAAUGCCUUGCGAGGCUCCUUGGCCUUACGGACAGGUAGUAGACGCUGCCUCUCGUCCUUUGCCCACGCCAAAACUCGACCUCAGAUCGCUUCUCAUACCAGGACAUCGCACGGAUGGCAACAGUCUCGCGCCAAAGCCUCCUUCACCCGCGGUGCUAAAGAACUCUGGGCUGCCCAUCCAUACCUGGUCUCCUUGGCUGCUGCUGCAAUUCUCGCUAGUUCUGCCGGCAUCGCCUACGCCAACUACCUCUACAAAACCUACAUCAUCGCCUCGUUCCACAACUAUCCCGAGCCCAUCAUUGGCGUCAAGAUCCAAGUCUCGGCUUUGAUGGAGAAGAUUGAGAACUACCCAAAGGCCAUUCAAGUUCUUGAGAUUCUCAGAAACGAUUGUCUCGCCUGGGAGCAGAAGUUUGGUCGGCUUGAAGAUCACAAGGAGAAGCGCACACGCAUCAUGAAGCACCUCGUUGCCAUGUCCGUCAAGCUCGCCGACCUGUACUCGAACAAAUACGUGCAGGAUGCCAAGUCCGCAGAGGAGAAACUUGUUUGGGCUCUGGAAACUUCAUUACGGGAAAAGCAACGCAGACAAGAGCCCGGCGUCUUGGAGAAAGAGGGCGACUGGUUGUCCGAUGAUGAGAUGGGUGCUUCCAUGGAGGCCCUUGCUCACACUUACGAAGAACAAAACAAGCACUACCUGGCCACUCCUCUCUUCCUCCAAGCUCUGAAUUUCAAAUCUGAGAGAGACUGCCAUUCCCAAAAUCCUCCUCAAAACUCAGAGACAAAGUCUCCUUCAAGGGCUGUUUUAGUUGAGAAUGCCAAACAAUGGGCUCAGAAAGCUCUCGACCUUGCUGCUGAUAUUCAGCCGCCAGCUCGUGACGAAGAGUGUGAUGUAGGCUGUGCUGUUGCACUACACAACCUCGAGUUUGCUGAGAUGAACAAGAAUAUUGCAGAAGCCAAGAAGCAUUACAAGGAAGCUGUGAGCCUUGCUAGAGCCAUUGGCUUCGAGGAUGGUCUCGAGAAUAGCUCAGCUGCUCUAAGACGACUAUCGUAG